AGGACCAGGCGGCAGGGCGGCGGGGCGGCGGGGCGGCUGGGCGGCGGGGCGGCGGGGCGGGGCGAGGCGGGUCCGCUCCCUGCGAACCAGCGAGCGAGUGAGCAGCGCGCUGCUGCGCCGCUGCCCUGCCCCCCCCACUACUCUGUCCCGGUCCCGGUGCGGCCCGGCCGGCUCGCGGGGCGCCGAGCCGAGGCUGCGGCCGGCUGCAUGAAGGAGUGCGAGUACCAGCAGAUCAGCCCCGGGGCCGCCCCGCCGCCCGCCUCCCCCGGGGCGCGCCGCCCCGGUCCCGCAGCGCCCCCCGGCCCGGGCCCCGGGCCCCCGCCGCUCGCUUCGGCGCCGCGUUGGAGCAGCAGCGGCAGCGGGAGCGGGAGCAUCGGCCGCCGCCCGCAGCGCAAGUGGGAGGUGUUCCCGGGCCGCAACCGCUUCUACUGCGGCGGCCGCCUCAUGCUGGCCGGCCACGGCGGCGUCUUCGCACUCACGCUGCUGCUCAUCCUCACCACCACCAUCCUCUUCUUCGUCUUCGACUGUCCCUUCCUGGCACAGCAACUGACCCUUGCCAUCCCUAUCAUCGCUGCCAUCCUGUUCUUCUUCGUCAUGAGCUGCCUGCUGCAGACAAGCUUCACCGACCCCGGGAUCCUGCCCCGGGCCACCGUCUGCGAGGCAGCUGCCCUGGAGAAACAGAUCGACAACACAGGCAGCUCCACAUACCGACCACCCCCUCGGACCCGGGAAGUGAUGAUCAACGGGCAGAUGGUGAAGUUGAAAUACUGCUUCACUUGCAAGAUGUUCCGGCCACCCCGGACCUCACACUGCAGUGUCUGCGACAACUGUGUGGAACGGUUUGACCAUCACUGCCCGUGGGUAGGCAACUGCGUGGGGAGACGGAACUACCGCUUCUUCUACGCCUUUAUUCUCUCCCUCUCCUUCCUGACAGCCUUCAUCUUCGCCUGCGUGGUCACCCACCUGACACUCCGCUCUCAGGGAAGCAACUUCCUUUCCACUCUGAAGGAGACACCAGCGAGUGUGCUGGAGUUGGUGAUUUGCUUCUUCUCCAUCUGGUCCAUCUUGGGCCUCUCAGGGUUUCACACUUACCUCGUCGCCUCCAACCUGACGACCAACGAAGAUAUCAAAGGCUCCUGGUCCAGCAAGCGGGGUGGUGAGGCCUCUGUCAACCCCUACAGCCAUAAAAGUGUUAUCACCAACUGCUGUGCUGUGCUCUGCGGCCCCCUACCUCCCAGCCUGAUCGACCGGAGAGGAUUUGUACAGCCCGACGCCAUGCUGCCCUCACCCAUCAGAAGUGAUGAGCCAACCUUCGGAGCCAAGCCCGACAUCAACAUGGGAAUGAACACAGCUGCCCCAGGAGAAGGGGAUCUUAGAGGAAGAAUCCCUAAAAGUAUACAGAAUGUCAUUCAGAGCCAGCAGAGAGCUUAACACCAUCUGUGUUGGCCUCCUUGUAUAAAGUCUGGGAGCCUGGCAGUGGUAAACCUGUUUGAGCACACAUUACCAUGCAUAAGGACCCAGGUUUAAGCCCCCCUGCUUCCCACCUGCAGGGGUGGGGGUGUGUGACUCUUUAUAAGUGGUAAAGCAGGUCUGCAGAUGUCUUAUUUUUCUCUCUCCCACUUUACCUCCCUCUCCCCUCUCAAUUUCUCUCUGUCCUACUAAAUAGAAAAGAAAAGGAGAACUUUGGCUGGGAGCAGUAGAUUCAUAGUGCUAGCACCAAGCCCCAGUGAUAACCCUAGUGGGGGUUAAAAAAAAAAAUACAUAUAUAUAUAUAUAUAUAUAUAAAGGCCCAGAGGCCAGAAGAAACCUGGCGAGGUUUUGAAACAGCUGGGUGGUGGCCCAGGAGGUAGUGCAGUGGAUUAAGCAUUGGACCCGCCAAACAUAAGGUUCCAGGUUCAGUCUGUUGCAUUGCAUAUGUCAGGGUAAUGCUCUGGUUCUCUCUCCUUCCUGUACCUCUCUCAUAAAUAAAGAAAUCUUAGGUCUGCAGUUGUCUAUCUUUCUCUCCCUGUCUUCCCCUCCUCUCUCCAUUUCUCUCUGUCCUAUCUAACAACGAUAUCAGUAACAACAACAAUAAAAACAACCAGGGCAACAAAGGGAAGAUAAAUUUAAAAUUAAAAAAAAAAAGUUAGGUUUCAGUCCCCAUCCCCUGAACUGAUCCUGAACUGAUCCUGUAUGCUGGUCUCAUACUCUGAGCUCAGUUCUCUUGCAGAAGUUUCCACAUGGAAAACUGGGAAAUGUUAUGCAUGUACAAAUUAAUUGUAUUUACUAUCAAAUGUAAAACAUUAAUUCCCCAAUAAAGAAAUUUUUUAAAAAAGAAAAAGUUUCCACAUGAAAGCCUGGCUGGACACGCCUGGGAGAUGUAGAGUUCUCUAAACUGCACUGCCUUGAGAAGACAACUCAGAGUAACUGAGUCGCCUAAAAGUAAUCUAGUGUCCUCUCCCAAAGGCAAAUAGAGUGAGCUCUGGUUAGAUAACUGAACACUUGUUCACAGUUAGCCAGGGAGAGAGGGUGUCAUAGCUUCCACUAGUCACCCAUUUCAUCCUAUCAUACCAAAACUGAAACACUUAUUGUGUGAAGUUCUUUCUGGAAUUUUAUUUAUUUUAUUUUAAUGAGAGAGGGAGAUUCAGAAAUAAAGACACAGACAGAUCAGAGCUCAGCUUUGGCUUAUGGUGGUGCUGGGAUUGAACCUGGGACCUUGGAGCCUCAGCCAUAAUAGUCUGCUGUCUUAGAAGGCAGAGAGAGUGAACGAGACCAUAGCCUGAAGCUUCCUUCAGUGCAGUGGAUGUCAGGCUGAAACCUGGGUCGUGCACAUAGCAAAGCAGUGAGUUAUUUUACCAGCCCUCUUUCUGGAAUUUAACCAGAGUUCUUGUGCUGCACUCAGAGCCCUACCCCCUGUUGUCAGUAGAGACAGGAAGUAACCAAGUCUCUGCCUUCUCUAUGCCACACCCUUGCAAAGCAUUUUUUUUUUCUCUGCUAAGAAGGAUUGGUUGUCUAUGGGACACGAGACCUGUAGCCAGCUGUUGUGAGGGAUGCUCUGCAGAUGGGUGGGAAGGUAGAAGGCAGGAUGAGUAAAGCCCCUUUGGACUGUAGCAUUAGCUCCUGUCCUGCUGACUCAGACAGCUGAUAGGAACCUCAUUCCCUGCCAGAGCCUGCUACCGCCUGCCUGCCUGCCUGGGCUCCUCGACUUGGGAAAUGCAGGCCUAGAGGCAAAGGGAGGUAGGUACUGAGACAGGAACUGAGUCAGGACCAACAGGCCAGAGCGGGCAGGAGAUGUUAGGCAGAUGGCUUCCAGAUUCUCCUCUAGGCUUCAGCACGGGGGCGGGACAGGACACACAGACAGGAAUGAGGGACUUUCUUUCCCUUGCUCACAGCAGUGCUGAGGGCAGUGGAGCUUGUGUUAUGAACACUCAGUCUCCUGGCUAAAGUAGUAUGAAGAGAAUGACUCCUUUCUGGAGACUGUUCAAAAUACAGGUCUGCCUUUAAGGUUUUAGUGGUUCUGGGAUCUUCCCCCCACCGCCUCCAGGACUUGGGUAAGCCUGAGGUGUGUGACAAAAGAAUGUCCUGAGGGCUCAGAGCCAGAGCAGUGUCCAAUGUCUGAGGCUCAUCAAGGGAAGAAGCAGCGCUGGGCUGGUGCAUCUGAUCACAUUCAUCUGUCUAGUGAGGAAGAGGGUACCUGUCUGCACAGAGACCCAGUUUGGGCUCCUUCCUCAUUUCAGAAAACCCAACUCCAUGGUAGUGUUUUGAGUUUAUGUUUAUAAUAAUAUAAAGUUAGGGGCUAGGAAGAUAGCAUUAUGGUUAUGCAAAAAGACUUUCAUGCCUUAGGCACCAAAGGUCUCAGGUUCAACCCCCCCUAGUACCACCAUGAGACAGCUGAGCAGUGCUCUGGUAAAAAUUAAUUUUUUAAAAAUAAUAUAGAUUUUUUUUUCCACAUGAUAAUAUUCACUACCAUCCACUCUACCAAAUACCAGAUGCUUUUAAGCAACUCAUUAAGUCCUCACAAGCCCUAUUUUACACUUUAGGAAAACUGAGGCUCAUAGUCAUAAAUAACUUAAACUGUAAGCCUCAGUUGUAAGAACUGAAUGGCUUGUAAGAACUGAACCCAGGGGGCUUGGAGGUAACUCAUCCUGUAGAAUGCACCCUUUACCAUGUGUGAGGACGAGUUCAAGCCUCUGCCCACUACAUGGGAGCACCAUGCAAAGGGGAAGCUUCAUGAACAGUGGAGGAGAGCUGUGAUGUCUCUCUUCCUCUCUGUGUGUCUCU